UUUUUUUAUUAAAGUUUUUAGUUUUUUAAAGUUUUUAAACUAUGGCAUACAAGCUGAAAAGCAAUCUUGUUGGGCACAAAGCUGAUGUUCGAGCUGUUAUUCCUUCUUUGUACCCGCCUGGAAGUAUUUUGAGUGUGUCUCGAGAUAAGAGUUGUAGGUUAUGGAUUCCAGACAAUGAAACAAACAGUUUUUAUGAAGGAAACAUCUUUUUGGGACAUUUAAAUUAUGUUGCAUCUGUAUGUACCAUACCAGCUUCAGAAAAGUAUCCACAUGGUUUGAUUGCUACUGGUGGAAAUGACAAACUUAUACUUGUAUUUGAUUUUAAUUCUCAGGAACCAAUUAUGCGUCUCGAAGGCCACACUGGUGCUGUGUGUGCUUUAACUGCAGGAAAAUUCGGAAUGUUGUUAUCAGGAUCAUGGGAUAAAACAGCUAAGGUAUGGAUUAAUGGUGCAGUUGCAAUGACAUUAACUGGUCAUGAAGGUGCUGUAUGGGGAAUUGAAACUAUAGCAGAGCUAGGAAUAAUCUUAACAGGAUCUGCUGAUAAAACUAUAAAGAUGUGGAGAGCUGGCAAAUGUGAAAGAACAUUUUCUGGUCACACAGAUUGUGUGAGGGAUAUUGUUGCUAUUGAUAAAGAAAGUUUUCUUUCAUGUUCUAAUGAUGGAUCAAUUCGCAAAUGGUUGUUGUCUGGUGAAUGUCAUCAUAUUUAUAAGGGGCACAGCAAUUAUGUAUAUAGCAUUUCAGUUUUUCCUGAUUGUAUUGAAGACUUUGUUUCUUCUGGUGAAGACCGAGCUAUUAAAAUAUGGAAAGGUGGUGAUUGUGUUCAAACAAUUAUUCUUCCCUGUCAAUCAGUGUGGUCAGUUGCUGUUUUAAACAAUGGUGAUAUUGUUGCAGGUAGCAGCGAUGGAAUGGUGCGUGUUUUUACUUGUAAUGAAAGUCAAUAUGCUUCGCCAGAUAUAAUUAAGUUAUUUGAAGAAGAAGUUUCAAACCAAGCAAUACCUGCGGCCGCAAAUCUUGACCUUGGUGAAAUAAAAGUUGAUCAACUUCCUGGACCAGAAGCUCUUUCAACCCAUGGAGUCAAAAAAGACCAGACAAAAUUGAUAAAAAGGAAUGGAGUUGUUGAAGCAUAUCAGUGGGAUGAAAUAAACUCACGAUGGCAAAAGAUUGGAGAAGUAACUGGUGCUGCUGGUGAAGAUGGAUCGAAAAGAACUGAAGGGAAAAAAAUGUACAAAGGCAAGGAGUAUGACUUUCUUUUUGAUGUUGAUAUUCAAGAAGGAAAACCACCAUUAAAACUUCCAUUCAAUGUAACAGAGGAUCCUUGGGUAGUUGCUAACAAGUUUUUACAAGAUAAUGAUUUGAGCCCUAUGUUUCUUGAUGAGGUUGCUGGAUUUAUUCUUAAAAAUACUGCUGGUGUUACCAUUGGCAUAAGUAGUAAUCAGUUUGCAGAUCCAUUUACUGGAGGAAGUCGAUAUAUACCUGGAACAAACUCUUCUACUAAUAUAAGCAAUGGGGUUGAUCCAUUUACAGGAGGUGCUCGUUAUGUUCCUGAAACCUUUAAAACAAAUUCUGACUUCACUGCUAAUCAACUAGGUUCUAAUAAGAUAUUGCAAGGUGUAUCAUAUAUACCUGAGAGGUGUUACCUGAAGUUUACAGUUGGAAAAAGUGAAACUAUUAUUGCAAAGAUUAUUGAGUUCAAUCAGCAGUUACAACAGGAAAUGAGAGUAAAUGAAAAUGAAGUUCAAACACUUAAAGAUUCUAUAACCAAUUUAUUAAAUGGAAAGAUCACUCUGGAAAAGGACACCUUGAACAUCAUUACUUCAAGUAUUACAAAAAUGUUAUUGUGGCCACAUGAUAAACUUCUCCCUGUUCUAGAUGUAUUUAGAAUACUAGUAUUAAAUGAAAAUUUGGCUGUCUUGCUACUCAAUGAAGUUUGUUUAGAACAACUGCUAAGUAUCAGCAGGUCAUCUCUAUUCAACAAUAUAAUGUUGGUCUUCAGAAUUUUAACAAAUGCUUUUAUUCAUCCAGACACUGCUUGUAUGACUUUCGAUAGAAAAAAUAAAAUUUUAGAAUCUUGGGAAAUUUUAUAUCGCCAAAUGAACAAAAAUGUCAGCAUAUCUAUUUCUAGCUAUGUCAUGAACUGCUGUAUUUAUUCCUAUUUAAACAAAUCAUCUUUUCAAGAAAAGAUUCAACUUUGCACAUAUAUAAAUAAUUUUUUAAAAAUUGAAAUGGACAGUGAGGCAAUGUUUAGGACAGUUGUUGCAUUGGGAACUUUGCUUUGCGAUAGCGAAGACGUAAUAGCGUUUGCAAAAUCUCUUGAAAUGCACAAUGUUCUUGCACCAAUACUUGCCAAUAGUGCAGAUUUAGCAAAGCUUCAAGAAUGUUGUAAAGUGGUCAUGCAAAUCCUUGAUAAUUGUUAACAUAUUCGUUUAUGUACAACUACGGCUCAAUCAACCAAAACGUUGGUGUUACUUCAAAAGUUAAAAUUAUAACUAGACCAAUGUUUAUUUAGAAAGGAUUUUAAAAGUUAUUCUAUGAAGUAAAAAUAUUUUAAAAUUAAAUAUUGUAAA